GCUGUUGGACUCUAGUGAAACCAUGCAUGCUAGCUGCAUGCAUAUAAUUAAGCUAGCUAGCUUAGCUUACGUGCAUCAAUCAGUGCAUGCAUGACAACGUCGAAUUCGAAAUGACUGUUCCGUGUUAUUACCCGUGUUCCCCAGUUUCCCAUCAAUCCAAUCCUCCAGCAGGCGGCGCCAUGGACACUAACACAAGAACGAUACUCGUCAUCGACGACAACCUUCCCGCCAUUGCCGAGAGGAUGGCCACGACGACGGCGAGGCUGGAGGCCGAUUUCUCCGAGGUGGAGACCAAGAUCCACCGGUUCCCCGGCAGCCUGCGAGGAAUCGGCGGCGACAACGGUCGCUACGUCGUCCCGAGCGUGGUGGCCAUCGGCCCGUACCACCACGGCGCGCCGCACCUGCAAAAGAUGGAGGAGGUGAAGCUCGCGGCGGCGUACUACCUCUGCCGGGCCUCGGGCCGCUCCACCGAUCAGGUGUACGAGAAGGUGCGCUCCGUCGCGGGCGCCGCCCGGGGCUGCUACGACGCCGACGACCCAGCGGUGGUGGGCCUCGGCGACGCCCAGUUCGCGGCCAUGAUGUUCCUCGACGGCUGCUUCCUGCUGCAGUACAUGGUCGCCGGCGGUGACGCCGACGACGACGACGCGACGCCACCCGUGCUUCAGAACCGGAUGACGCUGUCCACGGGGCCCAGUAUUCAGAAGGACAUCUUCCUGCUCGAGAACCAGAUCCCAUGGCUGGUGCUCGACGCGCUCGCCGAGUUCAUGUUCGUCGACGUGCGCGGGUUCGUCGUCGGGAUGGGCGACAAGUUCCUCCCCUGGAAGGGAAGGAUGAAGAAGAAGCCCAAGGAUGAUGGCCGCCGCUGCUGCCGCCGGGGGAUGCACUGUGGAUCAUGCAUCCCGACGACGACGGCGCUGGCCAAAACCGAUGAAGAAAGCCGCGGCGUCGGCAGCAGCAGCACCGAACAGCACAAGCCGCCGCCGCCGCCGCAUCUCCUCGGUCUCCUCAGGUUCACUCAGAUGAGCUGCAUGCCUGCUCAGGCGAAGAACUACAGGGGCGUGUCGUCGUCGUGGUCGAGCAGCGCCGUGGAGCUCGCGGAGAUGGGCGUCGUCCUGACGCCGAGCACGGAGGCCUGGUUCGGGGACAUGAGCCUCCAGCGGUGCUGCCUGUACGGCAAGCUGUCGCUGUCGCCGGUGUUCCUGAGCGACGUCACCGCGUGCUGGCUCGUGAACAUGGCGGCGCUGGAGGCGAGCACCGCCGGCGCGGCGAGGGACGACACGGACGGCUUCGUGGUGAGCUCGUACCUGUCGGUGCUGGCGAUGCUCAUGGACAGGAAGGAGGACGUGCACGAGCUCCGGCGGCGGGGCCUGGUGCACGGCGCCCUGAGCAACAAGCAGGCGCUGGGGUUCUUCAAGGGGCUCGGCCAGCACCUGCGCUUCGGCCGCCGCUACUUCGCCGCCCUGGAGGAGAUCGACUCGUACAAGCGCUACAGGUCGGUGAGGAUCAAAGUCUACAAGUUCGUCUACAAUAACUACAAGUUCAUCGCCGCCUUCCUGUCUGUCACCGGCGUCCUCAUCGGCAUCUUUAAGACCCUUCUCUCACUCCAGCGCCAUUGCUAAUGCUGCCUAUGAUAUAUUCAUAUAAUGUUGUUGUAUGGUACUAUAAGCUUCAGCCUAUAGAACCAUGCAUUGUUCAUGAUUGCCACUCGUGCAUGCAUAUUUUUCUUCUUUUUUUUUUGUUUACAAUAUACACAUCGAACACGCAAUGCAUGCAUGUGUUUACAAUACACAUGUAGCAAAAGUUCGAUUCUAAUCGUGUGGUUCGAAAAUAAGAAUAACCGUGUUUUUA